AUGACGCAAGACCUUGAUCACUCGCCAAUGGCCACUUCCCUCUUCGUUUCCCGCCCCUCCACUCGUCCUUUUCUCUCUCCAUCCACUCUCCAACGAAGAAAUCCAUCCGUCUCUCCGAUCAUCCUCCCAUUUGUAUCUUUAUCCUCUCCGAAUUCCUUCUCCAUUGCCAUCUCCAACAAGCUCCCAAGCGCCGCAUGGCAGCCCCCCGUCUAUGUCUACCCUGACCCAAUCCCCCAAUUCGCCAUCGCUGAAACUCGCAAGUUCCGAGACGAGCUCAAGAGGAAGCUUUUGAAGAACAAGGAGAGUUUUGGUAGUGAUGUCGAUGAGGUUGUCAUGGUCUGCUCGGAGAUAUUUAGUGAAUUCUUGCACAAGGAAUAUGGAGGGCCAGGCACGCUCCUUGUGGAACCUUUCACAGAUAUGCUGCUUGCACUUAAGGAAAAGAAACUUCCAGGAGCGCCCAUUGCGGCAAGGGCAGCCUUGCUAUGGGCACAGAAUUAUGUCGAUAAAGACUGGGAAAUCUGGAAUUCUAAAAUACCAUUAUGAUUAUUUCCAGGAACUUAUCUAAUAUUAAUCCUAAUGUUGCUGUCUUUUCAUCCCAAAUUCUCUUCCUAUUUCCUUGUUCAUCUAUUCAACACAUCUUUGACCCCAACUGUAGUCUCCGAUUUGCUAGCCCAUUGCUAGUAAUGCACCUCCCUGGAGAUUUCAGCUAGAAGAUUGAAUCUUGAUGGUUAAGCUGCUAAGUUUCAUCAAACUUCAGGUUUGGGUGGCUUUGUGGCGGGCAUUCUCUCAUUUGUGCUGUUAAUAUGUAAUAGUCUCCGAAUAUUGUUAAGCCUGCACUUUGUCAAAGCAGCAAAUACUUGUUUGAGUAA